AUGGUGAAAAAGAUCUUUGUUCAGAUCACUGUGGUUUGUCUUGUGUUGGCGAUGAUGAUUGCCAUGGUCUCGGGUCAAGAACAUGAGGAGCACCACGAAGGCGACGGCCACGACCAUGCAUCAGCACCUGGACCUUCCUCUAAGAAACCAAGCUCCGCCGUGUUUGUUGCCGCCGAUAUGUUCACCGGUUUGGCAGCUGUCGCUUUCUCUCUGGUCGCUGUGUUUUCAAAACAACGUCCGACAAUGAUGAAGAAGAUCUUUGUUCAGACCACUGUGGCUUGUCUUGUGUUGGCGAUGAUGAUUGCCAUGGUCUCGGCUCAGAAACACGAUGAUCACGACGACCACGAGGGUCACGAAGACCACCCACCUACAGCAGCUAAAUCACCAAACUCCGCCGUCAUUGUUGCCGCCGAUAUGUUCACUGGCUUAGCCGCAGCUGCCGUGGCUCUGGUGGCUGGUUUCAUCUAUUGA